UUAAUGGUUAUAUUCUGAACGCGGUUUGUUUGAUCAAUAAAGGAUAUAUACAAAAUUUGUACCAUGUUACUGACAAAAAACAUAACAAAGAAUAGUAAUCUCAGAAUUCUAUCGUGUGACUCUGUAUCAAGUAUUCUAAGCAGACAUUUAACAAACGAAAUUAACGUUCAAUCUAGGCGAAAUAUUGUAGGUUAUCUUAUGCCUCAUCGUGAAAAAAUUUUAAGUAAAAAUAAUGAUAUGAACAAAAUAAAUCAUAAAUUAGUAAUAAAUUUUAGUUCAGACAGCGACAAAGGAUAUUCAGUUAAUCAAGAACUUACACCUGUACAAUUUGAAAAAGUUACAGAUGAAACCCUUGAAUCUUUGACAGAAUACUUUGAUGAAUUGAUCGAGCAAUCACCACAUCUAACAGAAGCAGAUGUAUCAUAUGGAGAUGGUGUAUUAACUGUUAAAUUUGGUAAAGCAUAUGGUACUUAUGUUAUAAAUCGUCAAACACCAAAUAAACAAAUUUGGCUUUCCUCUCCAAAGUCUGGUCCAAAACGAUAUGACUUUGUAAAUGGUAGAUGGAUUUAUAAAUAUGAUGGAAAGACAAUACAUGAAUUACUGAACAAUGAAAUACCAGCAAUCACAAUGAGUUCAACAUGUUUUAAUAAGUGUUCCUUUAGUGGCAAAGAGAAAGAAGCUGUAAUAAAGAGUCUCUAAUUUUAUCAAACUUUUAAAUUGUAAUUUUAAUUAGAGUGAUCGAUACACUGAACAUAUUUAUGUGUACAAUAUUGAAAAUAUAAAAUUUCAGUUAAUGUAUAUAAAUCGUAAAAUAAAAUAG